CUUCGACGAAUCGUGAGACAGCAGAAAUAUGGGCCAACAACAGUCAGGUGGCAGUGGAGGCCAAGGUGGAGACAAAAAAGAUGACAAGGAAAAGAAAAGAAAGUAUGAACCACCUGUUCCAACUAGGGUAGGGAAGAAAAAGAAGAAGGUUAAAGGACCAGAAGCUGCUAACAAGCUGCCGCAAGUCACUCCACACACCAGAUGCAGAUUAAAACUCCUCAAACUUGAACGCAUUAAGGAUUAUUUGUUACUGGAGGCUGAAUUCAUAAAGAACCAGGAAAGGUUGAAGCCACAAGAGGAAAAGCAAGAGGAAGAGCGAACUAAGGUGGAUGAGUUACGAGGAUCUCCAAUGUCUGUAGGCAACCUGGAAGAGAUCAUUGAUGACAACCAUGCCAUUGUGUCUACGUCUGUGGGAAGUGAGCAUUACGUCAGCAUACUCUCCUUUGUAGACAAGGAUUCUCUGGAGCCAGGCUGCUCUGUCCUUCUCAAUCACAAGGUACAUGCAGUGGUGGGUAUGCUGUCUGAUGACACAGACCCUAUGGUUACUGUGAUGAAGCUUGACAAAGCUCCUCAGGAGACAUAUGCUGAUAUUGGAGGGCUUGAUACUCAGAUACAAGAGAUCAAGGAAUCUGUGGAGUUACCUUUAACCCACCCAGAGUACUAUGAGGAGAUGGGUAUCAAACCUCCUAAGGGUGUUAUUUUGUAUGGCCCCCCAGGUACAGGGAAGACAUUGUUGGCUAAGGCUGUGGCAAAUCAGACGUCAGCCACCUUUCUGAGAGUGGUAGGGUCGGAGCUCAUACAGAAAUAUCUGGGUGAUGGGCCGAAACUUGUUCGAGAAUUGUUCAGAGUGGCAGAGGAACAUGCUCCUUCAAUAGUAUUUAUAGAUGAAAUUGAUGCUGUGGGAACAAAAAGAUAUGAGUCAAACUCUGGUGGGGAGAGAGAAAUCCAGAGAACUAUGUUGGAGCUUCUCAAUCAGCUGGAUGGGUUUGAUUCCAGAGGGGAUGUGAAGGUUGUAAUGGCUACCAACAGGAUAGAGACCUUGGAUCCCGCUCUUAUUCGACCUGGCAGAAUUGACAGGAAAAUUGAAUUUCCCUUGCCGGAUGAGAAGACAAAGCGUCGUAUCUUCACCAUCCACACAAGUCGCAUGACCUUGGCAGAUGAUGUUAAUAUCGACGAUUAUGUAAUGGCGAAGGAUGACUUGUCUGGAGCAGAUAUCAAGGCUAUCUGUACCGAGGCAGGCUUACUGGCAUUGAGAGAGAGAAGGAUGAAAGUAACUAAUGAAGACUUCAGGAAGGCUAAGGAGAAUGUUUUGUAUAGGAAGAAUGAAGGGACCCCAGAAGGACUGUAUCUGUAAACUUAUUGUAAUGUCAGCAUUUUAAUCCUGUGUGAAGAUAUGAAAG